AUGAGAAAGCAUAUGAAAACAAAUCAUCCAACUGUUUUAAUUUCUACUCACAAGGGGAAAGAAAACGAGGAAUUACACAAUAACGACAAUGAUGUAGAAUUAGUUAAUAAUACGACAGUUUUAGAUGCCAUAAAUAACACACCAUCGACGUCAAAAAACCCACCAACAGUACUUAAAAAUGUUACCUCAACCACCAAACAGCAAAAAAUAUCUACAUUUAUUCCUAAAAAAAUGGGGGUAUCUGCAAAUAAAAAGAUUACGGAUAAAUUGCUAAAAAUGUUUUUCUCGGAUUUUCAACCUUUUAGAAUGGUUGAAGAUAACGGUUUCCGAGAAUUCGUUACUGCUUUAAACCCAUCUUAUGAAAUUCGAAAUAGGCAUUCCAUUUCCAAAUCACUAAUUCCAGCUAGGUACGAAGAAUGUGUUUUAAAAUGUCGUGAAAUUUUGACAAACUGCAAAUCAGUAUGUAUCACUAUGGAUUGUUGGUCGUCUGUUAAUACAGAAAGUUUUAUAGGCGUUACUGGCCAUUUCAUUAGCAACACAUUUGAAAUGACGUCAAUUUUAUUAGAUUGUAAAUUAUUACCUAACCAUCACACUAGUAUAAAUUUGGCACAGGCACUGACCGAAAUAACUGGAGACUGGAACCUGCAAAAUAAAAUUAUUUUGACAGUGUCGGAUAACGCGGCUAACAUUAAAAGAGCAGUUACCAAAGAACUUGGUUGGAAACAUUUUGGCUGUUUUGCACACUCUUUAAAUUUGGUAGUCUCAGAUCCUUUUUGGUAG